AUGGUUGCUCUGGCAACGACGACGUAUUUGAAGUGGUCACAAACUGCAAUCACAUUCGACCAGUCUGAUCACCCGGCACGUGUCGCCACUCCAGGGAGGCAAGCGCUGGUAGUCGACCCAGUUAUUGGUGGCACUCGACUGACCAAAGUACUGAUGGAUGGUGGCAGUGGUCUGAAUAUCCUCUACGCUGAGACCCUAAAAGGGAUGGGCGUUCUGAUGUUCAAGCUUAGUGAGAGCAACAUGAGUUUCCACGGUGUGAGCUCCACAAGCAGGGGCGUGGGCAGCGCCAGCGGUGGCGGGCACUUCCCGGUGGGCUGGCGCCGCCGCAUGGCGGUGGUCGACACCGGGUGCAGCUGCCGCGCGCGCCACCCCAGGAUGCUGCUCAGCCUGCCUUCCUUCCUCAAGCCUUCCUCUGCGGGAAAGACGCCGGCGGCGCCAGCGAGGAGCACCAGCUCGUCCAGCCUCUUCCCGUCGUCCUCCUCCACCGCUUCCUUCUCCACCAGCUACGCCUCCUCCAGCUGCUCCAACUACUACUCCUACCAUGGCUUCGGCAUCGCUCCCAAGGUGCAUCAGCAGCAAGAGCACCUUCCCUCUGCCAAGGAGGUACCGGCUGCGAUGCCGGCCGCGGAGCGCGGAGGCGAAGACGGAGAGGACACCGACGGCGGAUGCAUUGAAGAGGAGGAGGAGCGCGUGGACGGUGAAAACAUUGCAUUUGAUUGA